AUGAAGAUUCUCAUCAGUCUCGUCAUGCGAGUAUUUAGAUUCGUUACUUUCGGCGCGUUUUCCGCAGUUGUCCGAGGUCAAGGAUUCACAACAGAAUGUUUGAAUGACUUCAUCGCCUGUAUGAACAGCGGAUCAGCCAAUUUCUGGACAGUGCUUCAAUGCUUUGGCGAGUUGAUGGAUCCAGAGUGUGUCCUGCCCGUUCCGGACCCUCGAAAAUGCGAAGUGGACGGGCUUUUCCGACACUGGAAGAAAUGCGAUCGAUUCUUUCAGUGUAAUGGCGGAAUACGAUCUUCGAUCAUGCGAUGCCCGGUUACUCUACUUUUCAAUCAAGAAAAGGGAUAUUGUGACUGGCCAGAUAAUGUUGACUGCGGCUCGCUGAAAACCCCAAAACCGAUAAUUCCGGACCCAGCAGAUUACACCGAGGAUGCUUCAUGUCCAGAUGGCGUCUCGAAAAAUGAAGCCGACUGUUUUGGAUUCAACUCCUGCGUGGGAAACUUGAAAUGGGAAAUGAAAUGUCCUGCUAAUCUAAUGUUCAACACAUUGGAAAACGUUUGCGACUACAAGGCCAAUGUUUGUGCUAAGAACGCGGCAUCAAAUCCUUCUUGCUGCGCUUAG